GGUCGUACCACUGGUCCCAUCUUGGCGUGAGGAAGAAGAGCUGAGCGAACCGUCCAUAUUACAGCUGCUUUGUCAGCACUUUCCAUGGUGAUGGACCCUCCUGGUGGGGGAGAUGAAAGGCGGAGGCAGGCAGAGCGUCUUCGACGAGAGGAGGCAUACUACCACUUCAUCAAUGAAUUGAGUGAGGAGGAGUACCGCCUGAUGAGAGACAGCAACCUGCUGGGCACCCCUGGGGAAGUGACUGCGGAGGAGCUUCAGCAGCGUUUGGACGGAGCAAAAGAGCGCUCAUCUUCUCAGCCUCGCACGCAGCAGCGUUUGCAGACUGCUGACUCUGGAGAGCAUCAGAGUAGUAGUGGGGAGGGAGAGGAGAGAGCUGCUGCAGGGAGACGAGGGGCAGGAGGCACGGAGCCCGGACCAGAAACAUCUAAUGGUGAUUCCUUGCUGGAGUGGCUUAACACUUUCAGACGCACCGGUAAUGCGACUCGCAGCGGGCAGAGUGGCAACCAAACGUGGCGUGCCGUCAGUCGGACCAACCCUAACAGUGGAGAGUUCCGUUUUAGCCUGGAGAUCAAUAUAAACCACGAUCAACCAGAGCCAGGAGAGCAUAAUGACAGCGUGGACAACACGGAUGCAGCUGAGCUACCUGUGACUGCUUCCAACACAACUGACCCCUCUAUAGACACUAUUCCCCUCUUAUCCAGCUCCCGCCCUUCAGCUACAUCAAGGCCUGCUCCAUAUCCCUCCCCCCGCCCAGCCAUCAGCAGAAGGAUGCAGACAAGGCGCACACGAGGCAGUAAUACCACACUGUCCAUGAGCCCCUCUGCAGUUCCUCCUCCUCUGCUGGAGGCUACACCCGCCGUUGUUGCUUCCCAACGGAGGGGUACCACUUUGCACUCUUUAGUACCUCCCCCCACUGUCCCCAGUGCUUCUAUUAAUCAGACUUCGCAUGUUCAGCGCCAGCUCCUGAAUGUAGAAGUGGAGCAGGGGCAUAGCACCAUGCCUGCUUCUUUAGAAUGUCCCCAGGUGUCACCUCAGUCUGGGUCACAAGUCCCAGCCGCAGGACACGAAACACGUGGCAGUAGGACUCGAUCACGCGGCCGCGCACGCAGGGCUGCGACAGGGAACAGUGUUUCAUCUCGCAUGUCGAGACGAAGUCGUUCCCCGUUACACAGAGCAUCUGUCGUCAGUAUCUCUCCGCCAUCUGGCAGCGGCCUCAGCGCUUCUGCCGUUCAUGCUGUUGAGCCGAGCAGCGUCACAACCUCCGUGUCGAUGGAGACUGGGUCAGAACCUGCAGCGGCAACAGAAUCAGCUGUGGAGACAGUAGAACGUCAGAGUGAAUCACACGCAUCAGGAGCGGGAAGUUCAGCAGUGAGACGGCAUCCUACCAUCAUGUUAGAUCUGCAAGUGAGAAGGAUUCGACCCGGUGAGAACCGCGAUCGGGACAGCAUCGCCAGCAGAACACGAUCCCGCGCACGGGUUGCUGAGAAUACCGUCACAUUUGAAAGUGACAGCGGUGGAUUUAGACGCACCAUAUCCCGCUCUGAGCGAGCCGGGAUCCGCACUUACGUGAGCACGAUUCGGAUUCCACUGAGGCGCAUCAGUGAGACAGGCCUGGGAGAACCCAACUCCACUGCUCUACGGUCCAUCCUGCGACAGAUCAUGACUGGAUUUGGGGAGCUCAGCUCCCUAAUGGAGACAGAGGCUGACUCUGAAAAUGUUGCACCGAGCCACGCCGAUGUCGGUGGUACAAAUGGCAACACCAGUCCUGUCAAUAAUCUACAAACAAAUGAGAGUGCAGCUGGCCAGCUCGGUACAGGUGAGGCUGUUCAGGAGAGGGUGGGGCUUGUGGGGAAUGAUGAUGAGCAGAAUGGGCAGGCCAGACUUGGGGGAGCAGUAGUGAGCACCACAGAGGGCCGGCCCAACAACAGAGACACCAACAAUCUAGUAGAAAACGGCACCCUACCGAUUUUGCGGUUGGCACACUUUUUUUUGCUCAACGAUGAGGAAGAUGAUGAACAUCCCAGAGGCCUGACCAAAGAACAGAUUGACAAUCUAUCAACCCGCACUUAUGGUCAGGCCAGCCUGGAAGGUGAAAUAGGUCGUGCAUGCAGCGUCUGCAUCAAUGAAUAUGCUCAAGGCAACAAGCUUCGCCGUCUGCCCUGCUCCCACGAAUUCCACAUCCACUGUAUUGACCGCUGGCUGUCUGAAAACAACACCUGCCCCAUCUGCAGGCAGCCUAUACUUUCAGUGCAUCGUGACUGACCUGUUCGCCCUAAAGCAAAACCAUCCUGCUCCCGGCUGGCUGAACUGAGCAAACCCGAGUGGGCUUUGCAUGUAAAUAGCUUUGAUGGGUUAAUUUCUUUGAAAAUAUCCAUUGUGUUGAGGAAGGUUGAACAAAAACAGUGUGGAGAAGUGAAACAAUAAAUCCAGAGAAUUAACAAAACUUUAUUUUUUUAGAAUUUUUGUUUUCAACAGCUUGUCUAUUUCCCUCUUCUUAUGACCUUGGUUGCUAUUCCUUUCAUAAACCUUCAGAGAUCCUUAUGUCAGUGAUGGCAUUGAUGCGUUAGGGCGCUCUGGAGCAGCUGCUAAAUAGUUUCAAAUUAACUUAGAUGUCUGAUACCUGUGACAUCACUUUUACCCAACUGGACAAUGCAAAUAAUUCAGACUUGAUUUAUUCAAUAUAAUCUGUAAAUAACUCACCAAUGCUUCUAAGGUUUCUCAAGUAAAACACUACUCACAUGCCAUCUGCUCAGAACGGAGGCAAGAAGUCCGUUUUUUUUUUUUUUUUAAUUAAACAUUUGCCAUUUUAAAGCUUCAACAUACAUUUUAAAGGGAUCCUUUACAGUUUAUUAAGAAAUGUAUGAUUUGUUGUGAUUUGUAUGAGCUAUGUGUUCAGUUUUAAAGAAGAUUUAUUCUGUAUUUCUCUUUGUUAAAGCCCUCAUGGGACUGUUAAGACCUGGUAUUUAUGUGUGUUCUGAGUGAUCCGAUCACCAAUGGACAUCUCUUAAGUACGUAUGUCAAUGCGUGGCAUAAAAAUACAGCUCCACCUGCAUCUUUAGCGAACACCUAUGAUAAUAUCUGUUACUUUCCAAUAUACAAAUAAACACGUCACUUUGUCAAAAUCAGCUAAAUAAACAGUGUAUCAGUGAGUCUACUGAUUUAUUUAUUUUCUGUAAGAUUUAUACUCUAUGGAUCUGAACUAUAGGAUUAAGACAAUAAGUCCUUUUUCAUUUACUGGGCUUGUUUACAGCAGAUUUACAAGUAUAUCAAUAACAUCAGUUAUGUAAAAGACAAAUGAAAGGAGUGAAAAGAGCAUAGAAUAGUGCUUUUUGAUGUUUAUUUUUGCAGAGCUCAGUGUCUCGGUGUCAGUGAUGCACAAAAAUACACCAUCUGAAGCUUUUAAAGUUGUCAGUUUUCAUUUUGAACUAAUCUUUGAAGAAAGCCUGGAAAUGACCAAACAUACGCAAACAGCAUCUCUUAAAAGUCUUAUAUAUAUUCACAGGUUUUAAGGAGUGUAAAUACUCUACUUACUGACUCACAGGAAAGAUCUGGAGCUCUGGUACAGCACCAUCUGUUUUGUUCCCUUUUGAUGGAGAUGCUAACAAAAAAUGAGCAGUGAUAUUUCUGUGACUAAAAUGAUCCUGUGAGUUUGGGAUAUGUGGUUUGGGAAGCAUCAAACAUCGCAGACCACAUCUGAUUGGCCCAGUUGCUUUCACAUCUGUAUUGAAGUGCCAUCCACUGUCAUUUGGAUCAUAUAGAACGCACUAUGCACCAGGUCUGAACGGGCCCCAAGUCUUACUGCAACAUCGAAAUCAGUUAAUCAUCCAAUGAAAUCUACAAAUUGGAAAUCACAAAUGUUUCCCAUAUGAACAGCGCAGUUCAAAUGAAAGGCAGUCAGCAUGUGAUAAUCAGGGGUUCAGACUUGCUUGUAUGUGUUGUGCAAUAUGAGGUGAAAGAAGUAUUAUUUUGACGUUCAUUGAUGUUUACUUUGUAAUUCCUGGUUCUUUUAUCAACUUCUACACAAAAUGUCUCUUCAGUAUAACAUUUUCGUGUCCUCUCAGAUCUUGUUGCCAUGUCAGAUCCCAACAUGACUUUUAGGGUUAAUAUUGCUGACCAAGCUGCGAGAUGGCAUUUAAAUAAUUAAACAAAUUAAAUUUAGUUUUUACGGUUGUCCAGCAAACUAAAAAUACUUAUUCAUGAAACAAGUUCUGAAAUGUUUAUGUUCAUAGCAUCUGCCUUGGAGUAAUAUAUUUCUUCAUUGUCUUUUAUGUUUUAAUUUUAUGUUGGGCUACAUGCACAGAUAAUUGCAUUUCUAGUGUGAAAAGAGGAUUGUGGACUCGUUUCCACCAAUAGUCACUUUAUGCUUAAACAGGAAAUAUUACAUCUGUGCAGUUAAUAUGUUGCUAUCAAAACUGCAGGAGCAAUGCAGUAUAGUAUGUAAGAAUGUGUGAGUGAUCCGUGUGUAUGCUUUCAUUGUUAGUGUGUGUGUGUGUUUGUGUGCGAAGGGAAGGCCUAGUGUCCAUAAAACCUGGUUCUGAGAAACCUGUUCAGUCAGUGUCCACCUCGGAGGCUUGUGGGUAAACAGCUCAGAAGUGAAUAUUUAUUCUAUUCCUAUUUAAUAAAAUGGAAAUCAGCCUUUUGAAGUAUGAAAUGUGACAUGUUACAAUGUGAUGAGAGUUAAUAAAAUGGACAUGAUGAAUACGUUACUAUGUAAUGAUUUAAAGACAUCAGGUUUCUCCAUUGCUCUUGAUAAGUGUGUAAAAUGCCACUUAACAUGAAUGUUAAUCCUUUUGUAUUUAUGUCUUAUAUUUGCACGUGGUAAAUGAGGUGGAGUUUAUUUUAACAGCUUUUUGCACAUUUUGAUAGCUCUCCAU